UCAGAUUAAAAACACAAACAGUCCAGUCAGGCCUCAUUGCUCCAGGUAGUCCUCCAGUAUGCUGAAGACCAGGACUGAAUUCACAGCCCAGUCUGCAGGAAGCGAGUAGUGCAGCUGCUGUUUUUCAAGACCACAAAUCUCCCUAAAUACUGCCAGUCAGCUGCUACAUGGUCUGCAGCUGCAACAUAGAAGAGUGCAUUGGGAGACUUAUCAGCGUUCCCUUCAGCGGCGUGUUGGAGCAAAGUCAGGAGUUGAGGAAACCUGCUGAGUUUAUGUUGCAGAGGGUGGAGAAGGAGAGCCGGCAACAGGACGAAUCAGGAGGGAAGAGUGGAGGAAAACAACAGAGCUGAAAACAAAGAGUCCUCAGCUGCAGAGAAGAAAGGGCAGAGACAGAGAGAGACGAGGAGCGGAGGAGUCGAACCCGCUGACAGGCAGACGCUGGACAACAUGGACGUGAGCUCUGCCAUGGAGAAGAUGUCUGUGAAGCAGCGUGCAGGAGUUGCGGUACAGUGUCAUGCAUGUAAGGAGAGCUGCUCUGGAUUCCAGCCACAUUCUUGGAGGAAAGCUUGCAUCGCCUGCGGCUGCAGCACGGUUGACCACGCUCCUGGAGGUGACGCCGAAGAUGACCAGCAAAUGGGACGCCUGCUCGCAGACUCACCCUGCUCCCAUUUGACAGCGAAGGUCAAAGGAGGCGGCGGCCUUCGCAUGUACAAGAGGAACCGCAUGAUCGUGACCAAUCCCGUGGUGUCGCGUAAAGACCCGACCUUCAACACUACGACAUACGACUGGGCGCCGGCCGGCCUCAACCAGACACUGGCUAUGCAGUACAUGGAGCUCAUCCCAGAGAGUCGACGUCCCCUCUCAGGGACAGUUGGAGCGUUGGAGCGACGCAGGCAGCUCUUCAGUCAGCUCCCAGCCUACGAUCAGGACCCCAUGAAGUGUCAGAGCCUGGCCAGUGAGGAGGAGAUUUCCUCCAUGCUGCUGUUUGUGAAGAGCUACAAACAGGAGGUGCUGGGAGUCGGAGAGGUGGCCCUACCUGGUGAGGGCGGUGCUCUGAGGGAAGCAGCCAUUCAGAGGACAGCCAAGGAAGCCAAGGACCGUAGUAACAGCGACAAGAAAGGUGCUCUGGAGCAGCAGCACCACGGCUUGACCGACAGCAGCACUGCCACUGUCUCUGGCUCCACUAACGGAACAGAUGACAACACCAAGACUGUACAUCUGUGCACUGGUUGCCAAGGUGAGGUUGCCAAGGAGAGUCCAGCUGUUUACGCCGAGCGUGCAGGUUACCAUAGCGCCCUGUGGCAUCCCACCUGCUUCGUAUGUUCAGAGUGUGGCCAGGGUCUGGUGGACCUGGUCUACUUCUGGUCCAAUAAGAAGCUGUUCUGUGGACGACACUACUGUCAGACGGUCCGGCCACGAUGCUCAGGCUGCGAUGAGCUGAUCUUCUGUCAGUCUUUUCACACGGCUAAAGAUGGACAGACGUGGCAUCCUCAUCAUUACUGCUGCUGGAAGUGCGGGCAAAACCUGGAUACACCCUGUCAGCACUGAGACGCUCAUGCAACACAGUGUUCAACACAAUAUGGUGUUCAGUUUAAAGAAGUUUUAGCACUGCUAGAAAACAGAAUAACAAGGUCAGACAAGACAAAAAAAUGUUGAUUCUCUUUUUUUCUAUAAACAAAAGAAAUACAUGAAAGAUAAAUAAUCCUUAAUAACUAGUGCUUAACGUCUUUAAAUUAUAUGUUUAGUUGACAUUUAGUAUUUAAAAAAACUGUAUCCUACAGGGCUGGCUGAUAUAUUGAUGUUUAAAAUACUUAAGACAUCUAACUGACAUUGAAGUACUUUAAGACUUGUUCAGUUGAGCCUACUGGUGUUUCAAGUACUUAAGGAAAUGUUUAGUUGACACAAAAGUGUUUAAAGUACUUAGAAACAUUUGGUGGAUUUAUUAGCACUUAGCGCUGACAGUGACUGGAGCCAGAUGUUUCAGAUACAUACAGCAGCCUACAGGACGGAGGAUCAGACCCGACAGUUUAGAGAAGAAAUUAGUUAAUUAGAUAAAACUACAAAUACAUUUAUUAGUAAACUAGGAUAGAAAAAGGCCCACUUACUCACUGGUUUCAGAGCUUUCAAUCACAUCACACAGUCUUCAUCAGCAGAUGGAGUGGGCUCAGUAAUCAUGGAACUGUAGAUGUUAAAGUUUUUUAACAUUGCAUUUUAACAUACUGUCAUAGAUUAGGUCUAGAUUUUGAAGGGUCACACUGUGUUGUUGUAAUCUUAACACAGAAAAUAUCUCGGAAGACUUUACUAAAUAUUAACGCAGUUGUAAUUAAUUACCAUGUCAGGUUUGAGUCUGUGCACAUUUGUGUAUCACUUUUAUUUCAGGCAGAAAUAACUAGAUAUUUGACUUUAACAUCAGAGAACUGGACAGCCAGAAGGCUGGAAAAGGCGUGUAACUAAUUAGAAAUGAAUAAUACUCUGCUGGAUUUUUUGUUUGUUUUGUUUUUGUUUUUGCUGCAGUAGAUUUUAACCAUCUGCUUUUAAUACUCAUCAUUUGAAGUUGGGUCGUGUUUUUGUACUAACUGUAGGCUAUAAACAGAAGCAGAGAUUAUGUAAUUUUCUUAAUUUUCUUAAUUUUCUUUUUGACGUGUUAUUUUUGUGGAUCCAUUUUGCAGUUAACCUCUUAGAUAAACAUGGAUCUCUGCUGCUGCUAAAUGCUGCUUUAUGUUAGUUAUACUCCUGAUAAAGUUUUGUAUUUUGCUACAGUUAACAAAGAUGUUUGUCACCCAAGAGGAGAGUACUGUGAAGUAGCCACACAAAGUUUACUGGCUGCAUUGUAUUUUUGCAACAUGAUAUAAAAAAGCCCCUUUAAAAAGUUGGCCAGAAAUAAAAACGUGUCAUUGAUGUAAGCUAAUUAGCUUUAGCCUACUUUUAUUCCCUGAAAUAAAGCCAGUCAAUACAGCAGCUAGCAUAACAUCAGCUAAUAUUAGCACGUUUUUUCAUUCUUCAGGUUAGCAAAAUGCAAACUGUUUAGAAACAAAAACAUUUUAGCUAGCAAUAAAAGACAGAAAUAAAAAUGUGUACUAGAUGGACGCUAAUAAGCUUUAGCCUACUUUUAUUCCCUGAAAUCAAAUUAAUCAAUACAGCAGCAAGCAUAACAGCUAAUAUUUUCUUGUGUUUUUUUUUAAUCCUUUAGCUACUUUUUGGAUUGACUGCAGUUAGCAAAAUGCAAACUGUUUAGAAGCAAAACCUUUUUUAGUUAGCAAUAGGCCUUGUUUGACUUGAUCAGCUAGCUAAGUAGCAUAUAGUUACAUAUCUGAUAAAGUAUUGUAUUUUGUCACACCUAAAUAAGGUAAAUGUAUGUAUGUCAACCAAGAGGAAAGUAGGCCUACUGUUAAGUAACCUACAAAACGUUUUCUGAAAUAUUUCUUUGAAAUAGGCUGUAAAAAAUCUUGUAAAAGGUUAGUCAGAAAUAAAAAUGUGCGGUAGGUGAAAGCUUUUAGCUUUAGCCUACUUUUGCUCCCUGAAAUAAAAUCAAACAAUACAA